AUGGAUCGUCUCCCGUGGGAGCUUUUCCAGGACAUUCUGCUGGUCUUUGCACACAACGCCACCAAAAAUGACGUCCUUACCAAACGCCUCGUUUGCCGCGACUUCAACCACAUAUUGCGGCCCCUUGGCUGCCGCACCAUCAGCCUGGAAUUGACGCGGCUGAGCAAGCUUUACAAUGUGCCCAAGCCUCGCUCUGAUGGCUUGCAGACGAUAGGGCAUCGCUGCAAAGCUCUGCACAUUGACAUGACAGUUCUGCGAGACGACGACGAGGUCGAGGUGCUGAAUAGUGAGCUGCAGCAUCUCCCCAGUAUGCAGGGCUUCUGCCAUGCGCUGCGGCAUCGAUAUUCCUUCAGCGACGCGGGCUUCACGGAGCUCGACUUCUACCAGACCACGGCCGAGGUCCUCUUCUACUGCCGGGACAUUGACCGCGUGCGCAUCUGCCUCCCGCAGUCCAUCCGCGGCUCUCAUUGCGGCGUCGCGACCCGCGUCCUCGCCAACGCUUUCAAGGCGCUGGGGCAGCGUCCCGAGGAGGACUCGGCGCCGCUCAAGACGCUCGUGAUUGACAACAUCCCCGAGGUCACGCUGUGCGAGCUCUGGAUAAACCCCUCGGAUGUUAUGAACAUGCAGGCUCUGCUGCCAUCGGUUGAGACGCUCGCGCUCAGCACCAGGUGUUUCGAUCGUGUUUCUUUCUCUGCUAUCAUGUUUGGCGUCGCUCUGUGGAACAUGAUAUCCAGCACACGCAAUCUCCAAUCACUCUAUUUAGCGUGUUCGGGCGCCUCCAGAACUGUCAAAGAUGACAACUUACCGGAGGAGGUUACUCAUCAAGACAUGGAUUUUACACAGUGGCUGGAAAGAAGGUUGUCUGGGCCCGGCCCACAAGUGACCCUUCCCAAGCCUACGUAUCUGGAGCUUCGCCAUGUUGCCAUGCUACCAGAAGAACUGCUGCACAUUGCUGCUGCGUUCGGGCCGUCGCUGGAAGAACUCCAUCUGUUUGAUGUUUCCCUGAUGAUAGAACAAUCCCUCACGAGCAACGCCGAGUCCGAUAUGCAUCUUUGGGUCGGCCUUCCCAACGUAGACGCUGGCCCCCGUCAGUGGAUGGCGAUGCGAUUCCGCGCGCUGAUGCCAAACCUGCGCAUCUGCCGCUGCUCCAACCUCAAUUACAAGUCCUACCUCCACACCACCGGGCCCGUCCAACGCGUCUUUGACUACGCCGACCCCGCCCGCAUCGGCCGGUCCAUCGCCCAGCGCUUCGUCGAGGUGGUCACGGGCCUCCAGCAGCCUUCCCUCCCAGACGGGACCCCCAUGCGUUUCCACCCGCACGACGAUGAAUUCGACCAUCUCCUGCACAACCUCACGGAGCGACGGUCGCGCAUCCCCAUAGCAGAGUACGACUUCGAAGCGCACAGACUCGCGGCCGCGGACCGGCCGCCAGACUACCAGCACAGCCUGGACGGCCUCUUCGCCAACUGCGUCGACGGCUCGAGGCGGGAGAUUCGAGGCAUUGUGGACAAGGUCGUGGAGGGGCUCAUGGCUAUUGAACGGCUAGAUCUUGAGUCGCUGCACCUCGGCAAUACUGGGCCAGGGCAGGGUUUGCCAGACCCGGCGGCGGGGAGUACGUGA